GUGCAGCAGAGUUGGCUCCUGCCUGGGCUGGGGUCCCCGGGGUCGUGAGGCUGGCAUGGCCGCGCUGCGAAGGCACGUGUUUGUUGGAAAAGUACUGAAGAAACUUUACCCUGAGGUUUCACACAGCCAAGAAAAGAAGGCGCCUGUGACUCCAGCCUCCAGAAACCCAUCUGAGAAAGUGGCUCCUGAGAGAGAGAAGGGCCAGAGUGUCCCUCCUGAGACAGGUGGUGACACUCGGGUCCAGCCCAUGCAGCGGCUCUAUACUGUGGGCCUGCCUCCUAAGGGGUGGGUCCCCCCUCUGCUGGAGCCACCGAGCUGCUCAAGUUCAGAGAGCUCUUCCAACAGUGAGGACACAGGAGAUCAGGAUCUUCACGAUCUGCCAAAGAGAAGAAGAAUUAGAAAGCAUAAAUCAAAGAAAAAAUUUAGAAAUCCCAAUAACACCCAUGUAAAACCAGCAGAAUCAGAGAAACAGCAGAGUCUUCUGCAAGAAUUGCAGCCACGGCACACAGAUGGCCCCACAAUAAGCAAAAAUAAAAAAAGGAAACUCAAAAAGAAACAGCAAAUGCAAAGGAAGAAAGCAGCUGGCUCACUAACAGGAACCUCUAGCGUGCACUUCAUGUACCAGCCUGAAGAGACCAGCAGUGAGCAGGAGGAUGUGCGAGCGACUGACGGAGAGAAUGCUGGGGGUGCCACAGGGGGCGGGGCUGCGGGCGCUGUGGAGGAGCAGGUCCUACCCCUUGACGAGGGAGGAGUCCCGGAUGCUGAGGAGGAAGAGGUGAAAAGUACCAAUGAAAAGGCAGAUGGUAUCCUGAACUUUUUGAAGUCAACACAAGAAAUUUAUUUUUAUGAUGGUGUCUCCAAGGAUUCCGAUUCUGGUGUCUUUAUGGAAAGCACCAACAAGCUAUUUAAACAACUGGAAACUCACAGUGUGUCCCCCUCAGACGUGUUCAUUCUGGAUCACAUGAAAACGCUGCUACUUUUGCAUGACACCAAGAGAUUGAAGAGUGCCCUGGACGUGUUCCCGGAACACUGCAGGAUGCCACUCGAUGAACCAUUCUCCAGGGCUCCGUUUCUCCCUCACCUCACUGUGUUCUUAAGAGGUGUCUGUCCCACGAAGUGGAACCUCCUAGAGGCAGAUGAAUCAGCAAGGAUGCCCUACUGGUUCUGGAGAUCUUUCAGCUUAAGACUGGUUUCUGUGAAGCUCCCCAGGCUUAAUAAAAGUUGGCAAGUGGAGCUGCAAACCAGGCCUGGACAAGGACAGGCCCAACCAGGAUGUGCCACCAACCAGGACAGGGCCAUAAACCAGGAGAGGUGACCGACCAGGUCAGGUCCACCGACCAGGAUGAGUCACUAGCCUGGACAAGUCCACCGACCAGGACAAAUCCACCAACCAGGACAGGCCACCAACCAGGAGAGGUCCAUCAUUCAGGAUGGGCCACCAAGCAGGAUGGGUACCCCAGGGGCUGCCUCCUUGAGACUGGAUGAUGAUCCAUUUUCCCCAUGGAGAUGGAAAAAGAACACAGCCAUACCCCGAAGUAGGAGCUGUGGCAGCUUCCUGUCUACACCCACAACAGCCUUCACUUACCCCUCAAUGGAGACAUACUUAGCUGCUGCCACUGCCUCUUCCUCCUUCCCUGAGAUGUCACAUUGGUGAGGUCAGAGGCCGGGGAAUCAUGUCCCCUUCACCGCAGGGUUGAGAGGUCACUGGCAGGCAGGUGAUGUCAGCCUGCUGCCUCCUCUCCAGAACAUCCCACUGCCUUGGGCAGGACACCUGGUUUUCUGAUUCACCAGGUUGUAAUUCUUCUAUUAAGAUGCCUCCCAAUUAAUGACGCAUUU